CCUAAUUCGCCGUUAAUCGUCACUCUCUGAUCAAAACUUCAUCUCCUCCGGCGUUUCUCCGUCACAGAUUUUGCAGAUAUGGAUUUGUAUUCGACAUCGAAUUUUUCUCCAGGAACUUCGUUGUUGAAGCGGAACUCUAAUGAUGUUGGAUGGGAAUAUGGAAUUUUGUAUGACUCGAAAAAUCCCGAUAGAGUUAAAUGCAAGUUGUGUGGGAAAGAAAUGGGAGGAGCGAUCUUGGAAGCGAAGAACAAGAAGAGGAAAAUGAAAAGAGAAGCGGAUGUGUUUAGUUUUGAGGUUGAUGAGCUGAAUAGAGAGGAUGAUUUGGAUGAAGAUCCAAUGGAUAAGUUCGUGAUGGCCGUUACUACCGAGGAUUCUUUAGGUGGCGAAACAGGACAAGAAAACAGUAAUGAUGUGGUUUCCGAGGAGAGAAUGCGUUCAGUGCGUCAGUUUUUUGCUAGAUGGAUAUAUCAGUCUGGUAUUCCUUUUAAUGUCAUUGAGAGUGAUUCUUUUAGGUCGUUUUGUGAAGCUUUAGGACGAUUUGGACCUGGUUGGGUUCCUCCGAGCCAGUGUGAACUGAGGGAAACAUUGUUGGAGGAAGAAGAAGAAAUAAUUAAGGAAAAACUGAAGAGUCUAGAGCUAGAAUGGGAACAGAAUGAGUUCUCAAAAGAACCUCAGACUGGUAAAUUUAUCUUUGAGUACGUUGAUAAAUGCAUAGAGGAUGUUGGUGUUGAGAAGGUCGUUCAGGUAAUAACUGACAGUGCGGAGAACAACUUAGCAGCAGCAAAGAUGUUGAAAGAGAAGAGACUAGGUAUAUUUUGGUCAACAUGCGCUGCUGACACGGUUAAAUUGAUGCUUGAAGACAUUGUUAAGUUGCCAAAGAUUUCAAAAUACAUUGAGAAAGCUAAGGCUGUGACCAUGUUCAUAUAUGCUCAUGAAAAAACCUUAGCUAUGAUGAGAUGUCAUACAAAGGAAAGGGAUAUUGUAAGACCUGGAGUCACAAGAUUCGCAACAACCUUCUUGACCUUGCAAAGAUUGUUGGAGAAGAAAGAGCAAUUAAGGUUUAUGUUUGUUAGUGAUGAAUGGGACAAAUGCAAAGAUUCCAAUUAUGUAAAGGGUAGAAGUGCCUACUAUACUUGUUUGAGUCCUGCGUUUUGGGAUGGGGUUAAACGAGUUGUGAAGGUUUUGGAACCAUUGGUUAAAGUUCUUAGGAUGGUCGAUGGAGAGAAAAGACCUUCAAUGGGGUUUAUUUAUGGAGAAUUAGUAGAAGCCAAAAGAUCUAUCAAAGCUGCUACUAAUAACUUGGAAAGGUACUACCAACCUAUCUUAGAUAUCAUUGAUGAGAAUAUUAAAGGUAGGUUGGAUUCUCCACUACAUUUGACGGCAUACUUGUUGAACCCAUUUUACUUCUAUAACGAACCACCCAUUCAGCUGGAUGGGACACUCAUGACUGGCUUUCUCAAUUGUGUUGAGACUUUUUACCAUGGUGAGUUCGAGAAACAAGAUAAAGCUGUUGACGAGUUUAGAAUUUAUCAGGAUAAAGAUGGAUUUUUUGGAACACCUUAUGCAUUAAGAGGAUGUGAACAGAAUACCGACGAGUUUGAUCCAGGUUUUUCUCUCGACUUUUGAUCUACUUCUUAUAACCUUUAAGUUUGUAAAACUAUCACUUAUGUUGCAAUUGGAUUAUGUAGAGCACUGGUGGUCAAUAUACGGAGUAACAGUGC